AUGGCCAAUGCCGAGGUAUUCAACAUUGGUUCCUCUUCAGGUUCUGAUAUUACUCAGGCACUUCUGAAAGCAUUCACAUCCGCAUGCCAAUCUCUCUCACCGAGCAAAGUGGUAAUCCCAAAAGGAGAGUUCAAGCUUGGUGAGAUCGAGAUGAGGGGUCCAUGCAAAGCUCCAGUCGAGAUCACCCUUCAAGGCACUGUCAAAGCUGACGGUAACGCGAUCCAGGGAAAGGAAAAAUGGGUUGUCUUCGGCAACAUGAAUGGGUUUAAGUUGAACGGAGGUGGAGUUUUCGACGGUGAAGGAAACGCAGCUUGGAGAGUCAAUAACUGCCACCAGACUUUCAACUGCAAGAAACUUCCCAUCAGUAUAAGGUUUGAUUUCGUGGAGAACGCUGAGAUCAAAGACAUAUCAUCGAUAGACGCCAAGAACUUCCACAUCAACGUGCUCGGAGCCAAGAACAUGACCAUGAGUAACAUCAAGAUCACCGCUCCAGAAGACAGUCCCAACACUGACGGUAUCCAUUUGGGAAGAAGCGACGGAGUCAAGAUCCUUAACUCCUUCAUCUCCACCGGAGACGACUGCAUCUCCGUUGGAGAUGGGACGAGCAACCUUCACGUGGAGAAAGUCACGUGCGGUCCAGGACAUGGAAUCAGCGUGGGAAGCCUUGGAAGGUACGGAAAAGAGCAAGAUGUUAGCGGCAUUAGGGUCGUGAACUGCACACUCCAAGAGACUGACAACGGGCUGAGGAUCAAGACAUGGCCGUCUGCUGCUUGCUCUACCACUGCCUCCGAUAUUCAUUUCGAGGAUAUCAUUGUCAAGAACGUUACCAACCCAAUCCUCAUCGACCAAGAGUACUGCCCUUGGAACCAAUGCAACAAGAAGAAAGCAUCAACGAUUAAGCUUGUGAACAUAAGCUUCAAGAAUGUCAGAGGAACAUCAGGGAACAAGGAUGCAGUGAAGCUAUUGUGCAGCAAGGGAUAUCCGUGCCAGAACGUCGAGAUCGGAGACAUUGAUAUUAAGUACAGCGGAGCGGAUGGUCCAGCUACUUUCCAGUGCUCAAACGUAAGUCCCAAACUCUUGGGAGCUCAGAGCCCUGAAGCUUGCAGCAGCCCCGUGACCAAACUACCCGGCCAAUAA